AUGGGUGAGAUUGGAUUCUUGUCACGCAGUGCAAUGGCAGAGCCACGGGACGAAAUGAGUGGUUUCUCAGAGGACCUGGCAAUGGGCCGCAUGAUUCGAGCUGCAUUGACUCUUUCAGGCGCAACUCCAUCCCAGUCGAGUGUCGACCCGUACGGACAGAGUAUUGCCGCCAUGAAUCACUCAGCUAUUAAUAUGCGCAGACAAUUAGCUGUGCCAUUUUUCACCAGCUUCCUUGAAACCAUGGGGUCGCGACUGAUUCAUUUUGAGUCGAAGAAGCUAUGGACGGAUUUCGAUACAUUUUUCACGGACUCUGGUGAGCCAGUAGAGAAUCAUGAUUUGAAUUCUGUUGCAAAGGCAUUUGUCGUCUACAUGUCUGUGGCCACUGGCGCCUUGCUCUCACAGGAAUCAAGCGGUCUCCAAGGGCUUGCUGGUGGUCUCCACCAAAAAGCAACGAAGCUUUUACCGCGAAUAAUGGCGUCUGGGAACCGGAUUGAUAUUCUUCACUGCAUGUUGUCCUUGGUCCUUUACUCCAUGCAAAGUCCACAGGGUGGUUCGACGUGGCAUCUUAUUGGACUGGCGAUGAAGAAGGCGAUUGUCUUUAGAUUCCACCAUGACCCUCAUUCUUCGAUCAAUACUCCCGAGCACACGCUCUUGAUGCGACGUAAUACCUUUUGGAGUCUCUACAUCGUUGAUCGGACAAUAAGCACCAUUCUGGAUCGACCCUUCAACAUCGCGGAUGACGAAAUUACCGUGCAAGGUCCCGAGGAGUACCUAGAUGAUUCGCCCCAUACAAAGAACAAUUUGGCCCGCCAGUCCAUCGCGCAUGCUAGGCUCAUGUCUGAAAUCCGUGAUGGAGCAUCGAAUGACAUUCUCUAUCAUCACAGCAACCUAUGCUGUUGGAGAGACUCUGUUCGAGGCAUGAAGGGGGAGACUUUCGCCUCGAAGUUCACUCGAGGGGUGGUUAUGCAGUUGUCAAGUCGAGCCAUGGUCGAGAUUUUGAAGUCGGUCGAUUCCGCGAAUUUUGAAUCGAACAUGAUCAACAAACCUCAGACCAUCGAAAGGGAUAUUGUGACGACUUGUUCUGAGUACAUUGAACAUGAGUAUCAACGCUUCGACUGUGGGGAAUUCACUGGUGGAUUCGUGGAGGCGUACGAUAUCUUCGCAGCAGCAGUGGUCAUCCUUUGCCUUGCCAGAAGAUCAAACCCGUCAUUUGCAGACAUGGACACUAUAAAUAAGUGCACGGCUCUGUUGACUAUGGUGGGGGAGAGAUUCGUUGGCCUUAGGGUCUUUCGCCGUGUGGUUUGGGCGCUCUCCGAUGCUGUCUCAGGCAAUCCGAAAUCCGACCCGAUCAUCCAUGAGCUCCCUCCGAUGAUUCCAGAUGGUAUUCGGGAUUUUAUAACCGAAACUUACGCUUACGAUGAAACCCUGGCGUGGUUAACGCGCAGGAAGUGGAGGUGA